AGAAAUGCGAUAAUCGUGAGCAUGGCGGAAAUUCGCGUGAUUACGUUCGACGAGGAAACUCCGGGGGUCGUGGUUAAGUGGAAAAUCAAGCCGAACUAUAACGUGUAUAACGGGAUGCAAGUGCUGUUUUUUCGGGACGCUCAAGCUCCGGAGAAUAGUGAUUUGAAGAAGCUCAAGAUAAAAGUUGUGGGAACCGUGAAGGAACUACUAGUUUCUCCUGGAGAUGUGAUGAAACCUGGUGCAAGUAUUCUGACGCUGGAGCCUUGCAGACAUCCCACCGUCAUGAAAGAAAUGUGUGCAGAAUGUGGAGCCGAUCUACAGUCGACUGGCGAAACGAAGACCAUGACUGCCGCCAUUCCCAUUGUGCACAAUAUUCCAGAACUCAUGGUGAGCCCGGAAGAAGCCCAUACAUUGGGACAAGAGGAAGAACAAAGGCUAUUACGUGAAAGAAAACUUGUUCUGUUGGUUGAUCUCGAUCAAACGCUUAUCCAUACUACAAAUGAUGUUAUUCCGCCUAAUGUGAAGGAUGUUUUUCAUUACAAACUUGGAGGAAAUCCCGUUUGGUAUCACACACGUUUGAGGCCACAUGCACGCGAGUUCUUGGCCAAUGUUGCUUCGCUGUUCGAACUGCACAUUUGUACGUUUGGGGCCCGGACGUACGCUCAUCAGAUUGCCUAUCUCCUGGAUAAAGAAGGGAAAUACUUCUCCACGCGUAUUCUCUCACGCGACGAAUGUUUUGAUCCGUAUUUGAAGACGGCCAAUAUGAAAGCCUUAUUCCCGUGUGGAGAUCACUUGGUCUGCAUUAUCGACGACCGGGAAGACGUGUGGAAUUGGGUGCCGAACUUGGUUCGCGUCAAACCGUAUCAUUUCUUCCAACAUACUGGUGAUAUAAAUGCACCUCCGGGAAUGGCGAAGGCUGAUGAUGAUCUUCGGUUGACUGGUGUAAAGUUAGAAGAUCCCGACGAUACUGCGAAGAAGGAUGCCCCAGGCUCUUCGACCAGUCGCAGAAUAAAAAACAGCCCUAUGAAGAACAAAUCUAGGAAACGUUCUGGCGAAGAAGUUCCAAGCGAAAACUUGCCGACUAAAAUGGAAGAAAAUGGAAGUGAUGGAGACUCCAGUGAUGACGAAAAUUCUUCUUCCGAUUCACAAAAUAAAUCAACUGAGAAAUUGAAAGCAAGUGAUACAAUUGAGGAUUGUGAUUUGAUCGACAAGAAGCCUAUUGGAAAGGCUCUUCUGGAUUCAAGCAUUGACAAUAAGGCAGAAAAAGAUGCGGCGAAUGAAAAACCGGAAGGAAUAGCGGAACCAAAUUCGGAAGGCAAAGGAAAAAUACUUGACCCAGAAGAUUCGGACGAUUACCUUCUUUACCUGGAAACCAUUCUUCGUCGUGUUCACGAAUCGUUUUUCUCUGCCUAUGACGCCUGGUUAUCAAAUAAUUUGGAGAAUGGCAGCAAAGGACCCCUGCCAGAUCUGAAAUCUAUCGUGCCUGAAGUUAAGGGUCGUGUGCUCUCUGGGCUGAAUCUCGUUUUCAGUGGGGUUAUCCCUACACGUAAGCCUUUGAAAGAAUCGGCAGCGUAUCUGGUUUCCACUGCUUUGGGGGCUAACGUGACAGAGAAUAUCGUUGAUGACGGACCGUCGCGAACAACGCACUUGGUGGCGAGUCGCUACGGAACUGCAAAAGUUCAUCAGGUCAAGAAGAAACCAACCAUUUCCAUUGUAACCCCAGGAUGGUUGUGGUGUUGCGCAGAGAGAUGGGAACACGUAGAUGAACGAUUAUUCCGUCUGACAAAGGACAAUCCCUCGGCAGACGCGGGUCCGCCGGUCGACUUCAAAUUAUUCCGUAAUCAUAAGCCACGUCGAACGGAUGACGAUAAUUCUUCGGAUUCAGCGGGCUCAGCGGUUUUCGAUGAAGGCAAAAACGCCUUCCAAGACUCGCUGAAGAACCCGUACAUAAUGUUUUCCAAAGAAGAACUGGACGACAUGGACAAGGAAGUCGAUGAAAUGUGUUCCUCGGCGAGUAGUUCUUCAGAGGACGAAGAUGGCGAGUCGCAGGAUGUGACGGUUGUUGCCGAGCGACAGAAGCAGCGUCGAAAGAGGUUAUCGAGGAGUUUGGAUGUGGACGAAGAUGAAGAUAUUGCCAGAAUCAUGGACGAGGAAGGUACCUGUUCCGAAGAAGAUGAUGACGAUUGCAACAUGGGAAGGCGAAAGCGAACUAAGGUAAAUUUGGGAACUACGACGGAUGAUAGUGAUGUCAACGCGAAAUUGUAUCCAAAGGAGAGGCUAAUGGACGGGUCGUCUAGUGAAGAAGACCUCGAUGAUGAUGAUACGAACGAUGCCUUGGACUGUCUGGCUCACAAACUCGAAGAAGAAAUGGAUCAUUCAUAUUAG